AUGAGCGACGAGGUGGUAGACAGCAACCCAUACAGCCGGCUCAUGGCGCUGCAGCGGAUGGGCAUCGUGACCAACUACCAGGCCAUCCGCCAGAAGACGGUCGCCGUCGUGGGGAUGGGCGGCGUGGGCUCAGUGGCUGCAGAGAUGCUGACUCGCUGCGGGGUCGGCAGGCUGCUCAUGUACGACUACGACACGGUGGAGCUGGCCAACAUGAACCGACUCUUCUUCCGCCCCGACCAGGCUGGCAUGACCAAGACCGCCGCCGCCGCGGCCACGCUGACCGGGAUCAACCCGGACGUGGCCCUGGAGGCCUUCACCAUGAACAUCACCACCCUGGCUGGCUUCGAGGCCUUCAAGCGCAGCCUGAGCGACGGGGCUGGUCGAUCGCGCGUGGACCUGGUGCUCAGCUGCGUGGACAACUACGAGGCCCGCAUGACCAUCAACCAGGUCUGCCUGGAGCUCAGCCAGGCCUGGAUGGAGUCGGGGGUAUCGGAGGACGCCGUCUCCGGCCACAUCCAGACCAUCCUGCCGGGAACCACGGCCUGCUUCGCCUGCGUGCCCCCGCUGGUGGUGGCCUCGGGCAUCGACGAGCGCACGCUGAAGCGGGAGGGUGUGUGCGCGGCCUCCCUGCCCACCACCAUGGGCAUCGUGGCGGGGCUGCUGGUCCAGAACUCGCUCAAGUACCUGCUGGAGUUUGGGAGCGUGACGCGCUACCUGGGCUACUCCUCCCUCACCGACUUCUUCCCCACGCUGGACAUCAAGCCCAGCCCCGGCUGCCCCAGCGGCCUCGAGGAGGGGCUGGACGACCUCCUGUCGCAGCUCUCCGCCUUGCAAUGA